AUGGACGGUGAGCAUUUAUCUGAACUUUUCGAGGAUUCCGAGGACAUUUUCAGUAAUGUUGAGGCUUUGGAGGUCGUUUCUGGUUUAAUCACAGAAGAUAAAGAGGGGAUUAAAGGGCGAUUGAUUUCUCAAAAAUCUACUUAUUCUUCAAGUGUUGUUCAAGAAUUUGAAAUUGAAUUUGAAGCUUCAGCAAAAUGCAAGAAACAAAAGGUGGAAGCCAAUAAUAUUGAUGGGCAACAAAUCUCUCACAUAACAGUGGGAAGGAACAGAAGGAAACAAAUGAAUGAGCAUUUGUCCGUCUUACGUUCUUUGAUGCCUUCUUUUCACAUCAAAAGGGCCGAUCAAGCGUCGAUAAUCGAAGGAGUUGUCGGUUACAUCACUGAGUUACAACAAGUUUUACAAUCCCUUGAAACCAAGAAACAAAGAAAUGCUUAUACAGAAGUAUUAAGUCCGCGUUUGGUUUCAAGUCUAAGACCCUCACUCCUUGGUCCAAGAAAGCCUCCAUUGAGCCCGAGAAUAAACCUACCUUUAAGCCCAAGAACCCCACAACCAAACAGCCCCUACAAAACCUGGCUACAUUUACCAACCAAUUCUUCUCCAAAUUCCUCCAUGAAUGGCAGUGUUAAUGCACUUGUUGCAAAUUCAAAAUCUGCCAUUGCUGACGUGGAAGUAAAAUUUUCUUGUCCAAAUGUGCUGCUCAAGACUGUUUCUCCAAGAAUUCAAGGCCAAACGGUGAAGAUUAUUUCUGCACUUGAAGAACUCUCCCUGGAAAUCCUCCAUGUGAAUGUCAACACAAUUGGGGAGACAAUGAUAAAUUCUUUUACUAUUAAGAUUGGAAUUGAAUGUCAACUUAGUGCGGAGGAAAUAGCUCAGCAAAUCCAGCAAACAUUCUGCUAA